CCCCACCCCAAGAGAAGAGAGUCACAAGCAAACCAGUCCACCACCGCCUCCUCCGUCUCGACCCGCUUGACGGCCACCGUCGCCGUCUCUCAUUUCCUCGAAACCCCCUGACAAGGAGAAGAAAAACAAAGAAAAGAUGGUGAGCGUCGAGGAAUUCUGCCGUGCCCAGAAAUCGAAAGGCCCUGCCUCGGUCCUCGCCAUCGGAACGGCGGUCCCCAAGAACGUCAUCGAACAGAGCACAUACCCGGAUUAUUUGUUUCGGAUCACCAACAGCGAGCACAUGACCGACCUGAAAGAGAAGUUCAAGCGCAUGUGUGAGGGGUCGUCGAUCAAGAGGAGAUACUUGCACAUGACGGAGGAUAUAUUGAAAGAGCACCCGAGCAUGAGUUCAUUCACGGAACCCUCCUUGGAUGCCCGGCAGGACAUCCUGGUGUCGGAAGUGCCGAAGCUGGCGAAGGAGGCGGCGGCGAACGCCCUGAAGGAAUGGGGGCAGCCCAAGUCGAAGAUCACCCACCUGGUGUUCUGCACCACCAGCGGUGUCGACAUGCCGGGCUGCGACUACCAGCUCACCAAGCUCCUGGGCCUCCGCCCCACCGUCAAGCGGUACAUGAUGUACCAGGUGGGCUGCUACGGCGCUGGCCUGGUCCUCCGCAUCGCCAAGGAUCUUGCUGAGAACAACAAGGGGGCUCGCGUCCUCGUCGUGUGCUCCGAGAUCACCGUCUGCACCUUCCGCGGCCCCACCGAGACCUACCUGGACAACCUCGUGGGCCAGGCUCUGUUCGGCGAUGGCGCCUCCUCGGUCAUCGUGGGCUCGGACCCCGUCCCGGGGAUCGAGAGGCCCCUGUACGAGAUCGUCUCCACCUCCCAGACUAUCCUCCCAAACAGCGAGGGGGCCAUUGCUGGGCACGUCCGGGAGAUCGGGCUCACCAUCCACCUCCUCAAGGACGUGCCGGGCCUCAUCUCCAAGAACGUCGAGAAGAACAUGGCUGAGGCGUUCCACCCACUGGGCAUCACCGACUGGAACUCGCUCUUCUUCAUCGUGCACCCCGGCGGGCCCGCGAUCCUCGACGACGUCGAGGCCAAGUUGAAGCUCAAGCCCGAGAAGAUGGAGGCUUCCAGGUAUGUGCUCGGCGAGUAUGGCAACAUGUCUAGCGCAUGCGUCUUCUUCAUAAUGGACGAGAUGAGGAAGAAAUCGAUCAAGAAAGGGCUCAAGACCACUGGAGAGGGGCUCGAAUGGGGCGUGCUCUUCGGAUUUGGUCCCGGCCUCACCGUCGAGACCGUCGUCCUCCACGCCCUGUCUGCUUAGGGCUUCGCAUCGGGGUCCGACCUCGCCUGCCUCCUCCACCUAUUCCUAUUUCCACUUAUGAUAUCCUGUUGUUAUUCGUAUGGUCUUUUUCGAUGUUGGUCUAGAGCCUUCUUGGUGAUGUUUUGGAUUGUGAUGCCACGGGGAGUAAGCGUUUAUGUUGUUAGCUGCUCCUUCUAUCUUCAAUUAUCAAUCUACUCUUAUGUGCCCCUUCCCAUGUAACACCACGUGAUUCUAGCUUUUUUAUCGUUUUGUUCAUCAUCA